AUGAUCGUCUUCUGGGUUACAUUGUUUUGUCUUCAUGAAGGAUAUUCUCUGGUUCCAGUUAAAACUGUUCAGCUUGGUGAACCAGCAACCUUAACAUGUGCUAUUCCCAAAGAGCUCAGCAUUAGAGGAGUCAACUGGUACAAGCAGAGUGUUGGGGAUACUCUUAAAUUAAUAGUUACACUGUAUAAAUCUACAGCUGAUUUUGGUCCUGGAUUUUCGAGCUUAAGAUUCGGAGUAUACGAUGGUAAGAAUUUUACCAGCUUGACAAUUUUAAAGACAGUUCAAGAGGAUGAGGGACUCUAUCACUGUGCAAACACAGAAUGGAUUGGAACUACAUGGAGUGGGAUGUAUUUGUUAGUAAAAGGAAACACUCAGAGGACAUCAAACUAUGCAGUCAGUCAGUUGCUGAUAGAAUCAAAUCCAGUCCGUCCAGGAGACACAAUGACGCUCCAGUGUUCAGUCUUCUCUGACUCUGACAACAAGACAUGUCCAGGAGGUCUCAAUAUUAUCUGGGUCAGAGAGGGAUCAAAUAAAUCUCAACCAAACAUCAUCUACACUGACAGAAACAGAAGUAAUGAAUGUGAGAAAAGGUCUGACCAUCAGAAGACAUGUGUUUAUCGCUUCUCUAAGAACGUCAGCUCCUCUGAUGCUGGGACUUACUACUGUGCUGUGGCCACAUGUGGGGAGAUAUUAUUUGGAAAUGGAGCUAAACUAGAUAUCCAAGUGUUACCCACACAGUCAGCAUUUAUUCAGCUGACAAUAUUAAUAGUAUUUUUGGCAAUUUCUGUCAUUGGAAACGUGUUCCUCAUCUGCAACCGAAGAGUAUGUAAAAAACUUCAAAGAAAAGAAAGUGCUAUAGCAUAUGCACAAACUGACACCUCAUGCCAACCAGUAAGUGAUGAAAAUUAG